ACGGGAGUCGAGGGGGAAGGGGAAGGAAUAGAGGCCGAGGAGGGCGCCUGGGAGCUGGGGCCUAUGGGAUCUGGACCCCCCUGCAGCCUCCUUGCCCGACGGAGCUGCCUCUGGCAGGGGGUUCUCGCCUGUCCCUGGGCCUGCCUGGCACCGCGGGCAAACCCUGGAGCGGCCUAGCAGGGACCUCCCCUCCCGGGAGCUGCCAGGAUUCGUUGGUGCCGGCCCCAUGCCCAGCCGUCCAUGAGCAGAGGCCCUCCUGCUGGGGUCCAUGCCCGCUUGGAGCUCGUGGCACUGAGCAGCCAGCCAGCAUGUCGUGGUUCAGUGGCAUCCUAGUGCCCAAGGUGGAUGAACGGAAGACAGCAUGGGGCGAGCGCAACGGGAAGAAGGGCAAGCGCCCGCGGACCACGCUCUGCGGCCCCCGCUACAUGAGCUGCCUGCAGGACCCCGAGGCUGAGCGCGGCCCCCAUGCCCGGGCUGGCCUGGGCCUGCGCUGCUCCUGGCAGGAGGACCACUACGGCAAGAAGGGGACGGCUGGUGACCUGGGUCUCAAAGCGGUGGACCUGGGCUUUGAGGACAGCGAGGCCAAAGGGGGUGUGAAGGCGGCAGAGGGUGGUGGGGCAGUGCCGCGGCGGCCACCAGCAGACAAGGUCUGGCAGCGGCUGGCCCAGGUGUUUCGCUCCAAGCGCUUCCCAUCGGCCAAGCUGGAGCGGCUCUACCAGCGCUACUUCUUCCAGAUGAACCAGAGCAGCCUGACAGUGCUCAUGGCCGUGCUGGUGCUGGUGUGCGGUGUGCUGCUGCUCUUCCACUGCCUGCCCGGCACCCCGCGCCCACCCUAUGCCGCCGCGCUGGCCGUGGCCACUGCCCUCUUCCUGGCACUCAUGGUGCUGUGUGCCCGCAGUGCCGUGCCGCAGGACUACAUGUGGGCUGUGAGCUACGUGGUGCUGGGUGCCCUGGCCGGGGUGCAGGUGCUGGCCGCACUCAUGGCCGUGCCACGCAGUGCCGCUGAGGGCAUCUGGUGCAGUGUCUUCUUCAUCUACAUCGCCUACACGCUGCUGCCCGUGCGCAUGAGGGCGGCCGUGCUGGCUGGCGCCCUGCUGUCCGCCCUGCACCUCGGUAUCUCCUGGCACCUCAAUGCUGCCGACCCCUUCCUCUGGAAGCAGCUCAGCGCCAACGUCCUCAUCUUCCUCUGCACCAACGUGAUUGGGGUCUGCACCCACUACCCUGCCGAAGUCUCACAGCGCCAGGCCUUCCAGGAGACGCGCGGCUACAUCCAGGCCCGGCUUCACCUCCAGCGGGAGAACCGGCAGCAGGAGCGUCUCCUGCUGUCUGUGCUGCCCCAGCAUGUGGCCAUGGAGAUGAAGGAGGACAUCAACACCAAGAAGGAGGACAUGAUGUUCCACAAAAUCUACAUCCAGAAGCACGACAACGUCAGCAUCCUGUUCGCGGACAUCGAGGGCUUCACCAGCCUGGCGUCACAGUGCACGGCCCAGGAGCUCGUGAUGACACUGAACGAGCUCUUCGCUCGCUUUGACAAGCUGGCAGCUGAGAACCACUGCCUGCGGAUCAAGAUCCUGGGCGACUGCUACUACUGCGUGUCGGGGCUGCCGGAGGCACGGGGCGACCAUGCACACUGCUGCGUGGAGAUGGGCGUUGACAUGAUCGAGGCCAUCUCGCUGGUGCGCGAGGUGACGGGCGUGAAUGUGAACAUGCGCGUGGGCAUCCACAGCGGGCGCGUGCACUGCGGCGUGCUGGGCCUGCGCAAGUGGCAGUUCGACGUCUGGUCCAAUGAUGUCACGCUGGCCAACCACAUGGAGGCGGGGGGCAAGGCUGGGCGGAUUCACAUCACGGGGGCCACGCUGAAGUGCCUGAACGGGGACUACGAGGUGGAGCCGGGCCACGGUGGCGAGCGCAACACCUACCUCAAGGAGCACAACAUCGAGACCUUCCUCAUCGUGGGCUGCAGCCAGAAGCGCAAGGAGGAGAAGGCGAUCCUGGCCAAGCUGCAGCGGGCGCGGGCCAACUCAGUGGAUGGACUGGCACCGCGCUGGGCGCCCGACCGCUCCUUCUCCCGGGCCAAGGACUCCAAGGCCUUCCGGCAGAUGGGCAUCGAUGACUCCAGCAAGGACAACCGCAGCGCGCAGGAGGCCCUGAACCCUGAGGACGAGGUGGACGAGUUCCUGGGCCGUGCCAUCGAUGCGCGCAGCAUCGACCAGCUGCGCAAGGACCACGUCAAGCGCUUCCUGCUCACCUUCCAGACGCCCGAGCUGGAGAGGAAGUACUCCAAGAAGGUGGAUGACCGGUUCGGGGGCUAUGUGGCCUGCACCCUGCUCGUCUUCUGCUUCAUCUGCUUCAUCCAGAUCGUCAUCUUCCCUCACUCCCCCCUGAUGCUUGGGGUCUACGUUUGCAUCUUCGUCCUCCUGGCCAGCAUCCUCUUCGUGUGCGCCGUCUACUCCUGCAUUGGCCUCUUCCCGGCGGCGCUGCAGCGGGUGUCCCGGAAGAUCGUGCACUCCCGUGCUCACAGCACCGUCAUCGGCGUCUUCACCGUCCUCCUCGUCUUCAUCGCCGCCUGCGUCAACAUGUUUGCCUGCAGCCGCGUGCCCCUGCGAGACUGCGUCGCCCGCGACCUCAACAUCACCCCUGUGGCCGUGGGGCCCUGCCAGCUUCGCGCCCUCAACUACUCCUUGGCCUCUGAUGCCCCGCCCUGCCAUGGGGAUGCCCCCCCUUGCAACUUCCCUGAGUACUUCAACUACAGCAUUGUGCUGAGCCUGCUGGCCUGCUCCGUGUUCCUGCAGAUCAGCAGCAUUGGGAAGCUGGGGCUCAUGUUGGCCCUCGCCAGCCUCUACCUGGUGCUGGUGGAGGGACCGGCAGCUGCCCUCUUCGACAACUCCGACCUGCUGGUCGUGGCCAAUGCCCUGCCAGUCUACAAUGCCACCCAGGGAGGCUCUGGAUGCCUGGCAGAGGGGAAGGUGGCACUGAAGUACGUGACGCCCGUGAUCCUGGCGGUCUUUGCGCUGGCGUUGUACCUCCAUGCGCAGCAGGUCGAGUCCACUGCCCGCCUCGACUUCCUCUGGAAGCUGCAGGCCACGGGGGAGAAGGAGGAGAUGGAGGAGCUGCAGGCCUACAACCGGCGGCUGCUGCACAACAUCCUGCCCAAGGACGUGGCGGCGCACUUCCUAGCACGGGAGCGGCGCAACGAUGAGCUCUACUACCAGUCGUGCGAGUGCGUGGCCGUCAUGUUCGCCUCCAUCAGCAACUUCUCAGAGUUCUACGUGGAGCUGGAGGCCAACAACGAGGGCGUGGAGUGCCUGCGCCUGCUCAACGAGAUCAUCGCCGACUUCGAUGAGAUCAUCAGUGAGCAGCAGUACCGGCAACUAGAGAAGAUCAAGACCAUCGGCAGCACCUACAUGGCGGCGUCAGGCCUCAAUGACACCACAUACGACCGUGAGGGCCGGAGCCACAUCACGGCGCUGGCUGACUAUGCCAUGCGGCUCAUGGAGCAGAUGAAGUACAUCAACGAGCACUCCUUCAACAACUUCCAGAUGAAGAUUGGACUGAACAUCGGGCCAGUGGUGGCAGGGGUGAUUGGGGCACGCAAGCCGCAGUAUGACAUCUGGGGCAACACUGUGAAUGUCUCCAGCCGCAUGGACAGCACGGGGGUGCCUGACCGCAUCCAGGUGACGACUGACCUGUACCAGGUGCUGGCGGCCAAGGGGUACCAGCUGGAGUGCCGCGGGGUCAUCAAGGUCAAGGGCAAGGGCGAGAUGACCACCUACUUCCUGAAUGCUGGCCCUGGCAGGAGUUAGCAGCCGGGGCCCAGGGCUGCCGUGGACGCUUGCCGGCGUCUCCUGAACGGCUCUGGAGUUAGGCAAAGAACUCUAAAGGGAAUCAGACCCCCCACUUCCGGUCCCCCAUUUUGGCCUGCCCGCCCCCUGCCCCCCCAGCAAUCCUGCAGGGAAGGGGGAUCUGCGGCACUGAAGGAGCAUUUUUACAGUGGACCUUUUAUUUAUUUAUUUCCUGGCGGAGCCAGCACGGGGUUGGGAAGGAGGGGGAAUCGGGCUCCCCCCAACCCUGGAUGCUGCUGCUCCUGUUUGGAAUAAACCAAAGACAGGCGGGCGUCCCAGCCCCGCAGCUCGGACGAGGGGGUCCCUGGCUCCUUCCAUCUGCUGGCUUUGUGCACCGCUGGACUUUGCACCAGCUUCUGAAGCCGGUGCUGGGGGGGUGCAAGGGGGAGGGGAGGUUCCCAUGGUCACUCGGCCCCUGCUGCCUGCCCCGGCAUCUCACUGUGAAGUUUGUACCGUACAGCUGGGGGGGAGGGGGGCAGGGGGAAACAGUUCUUAUUUGCCAAAAUUGCACCCACGUCCGGCACAGCAGGCAUCCCCGGGUGGGCCCGGGAGGCCUUCAGUGCUUUGCCAGCUGGAGGGUUGCACUUGCCAAAGAGGGCUUGGGGAGUGGCUGCGGGGCAGCGGGGCGGGAUUGGGGGGCGGUAUGUCCUGCCCCAGCCUGGGGGGGCACCUUUAGCCAUGGCCCCACCCCCACCUGGACCUGGGGCGCUGGGUGCCCCUUCCCUGCAGCCAGCUCCUGGAGGGCCGGGCCCCCACCCCAUGCCUGGAGCUGACCAUGUGCCAAACCCAAGUGCCGCGGGCCCGGUGCUGCCCCCGCCCCAUGUGCCUGAUGUUUGGGGGGGGCUCGACCCCCCCCCUCCAGCUCAGCCAGGCCCUGCUUAUCUCAGUAACCCUGUGCGGCCUCACUCUGCCCCCCGCAACGCUGCUGUCCUGUACCACGGUACGACCGCGGGGGCCCAAAUCAGAGCGGGGCAACAGAAGAGGGAAUUCCCACCCCCAGUUCUGACUCUGUGUGGGGACAGCUGGCCCUGAGGACUCACUCGGGGCUCUGCCUGUGCAAGGAUGCCAGCCCCCACCCACCCAGUGCAUGGUGUGUGGCACACUCUGCCCCUCUGGGCAGAGAUUUCUCACCCUCCUCUGCACUGAACGCAGCACUCGGGGGGCAGGGGGCUGCAAACCCUGCCCCUGGGUAUGGGGCAGGGGGUGGCAGCCAGGGGGCCCCAGUUGUCCCCAGGCCCUUGGGGCUGGGCAGGCAUGGGGGAGCCCAGCAGAGCUGCCCGGGUGCUGGAGCCGCAGAGAGGACACUCUCAGCCCGUCCCCAUCCAUCGCCUGUUUUAAAUGCAAAAAAUGAAGUGAUUUCUCUGUUUCUUUUUACGUGGGGGGGGAGGGGGGGGCUGCAGCUUGUGUCUUGGGGGCUUUAAGCUGAC